CUUAACAGAGAAAAAACGUAACACAUUAAAGAGCCUAUGAAUUCAUCACAUACUUAGUCGAUAAACACCAAAGAGAAUAAAGACAACACUAAGCUUCAGUAUUCCAUCGCAAUAACUUGAAGACGACUGUUCUGUGAUAUUAGUUAAAAGUUUAGACCGUAUAUAUUUCCCUCAAAGUGCAAUUAUUUAUCUUAAUUCUAUGUCGUCAGAAAAGAGCGCGAGAGAGAGUAAAUUGACAGUAUGAAAAUAGUGAACCUGCAAAUUUCGAAUGGGACAUUUUUUGCCAGCAGAAAUUUUCAACUAUGAACAAAUGUUUUGUAAAGGUCAACUGUUUUAUGAAAAGCAGCCGUUACAUGAAAAUACAAAAGCUAACACCAAAAUGGAUCAAAAAGGCAGAGCUGAUGAUGCCAAAUGUAAAUGGCGUUCAUUGAUUAACUAUCUGCGUCAGCACUUGGAACAUGUGGCUGACAAGAAACAACGGCGCUAUAUACCCAAUACUCAUAAUCCCGAAGAUAGAUACAUACAAUUGGAGGAUUGGCCCUAUUACAAAGAGUUAGAAUUUGUGGUGCCCUAUGUGAAAUAUGCAGCCUCCAAGACUGGUGAGAGCAGUUUAAAUCCAACAGCAAAUGAAAUUGAUAUUAUCAUCGCAUCAAUAGAGGAAGACUUGGGCAAUAGCAAUGACACUGCCAACUGUAAUUCUAUUAUCCCAUUAGAUAGAGAAGAAGAAAUCAAUUUAACACCGGAAGACAUUAUCUUGAAAGAAUUUUUUGAAAAUAUGUUAAAAUCUGCUCUAAAUUUGCCGAGAUUCCAUCAAAAUAGAAUUAUGAAUGAGAUGAUGCAAAGCUUAAAUGAACAAAAUGAAUGACAUUCAAUGAAAAUGAAGUGUUCUUGAAUCAAAACACGUAGUUACAACUAUUUCUAUAUAUGUAAAUUAAUAAAAUAUUGGCUGGCCUUGAUAGUUUUCUCUCUGUGUGUGUGAGUGUGUAUGUAGUUGUUUUUAUAAAAUAUAAUAUUUUCAUUCUUUGUA